GCGAGGCUGAAUUGACGACUGAUAUAAUUCGCCAACCACCCCUCUUUUGCUGGAAAACAACUAGUUAGCUCUAUUAUCUCAAUUCAUCACAAUCCAAAUCUCACUCAACACCAUCAAUUCUACCAAACACCAACACAGCACAUAAGAAAACCUUCAACCCUUCAACCUACACCCCAAACCUCAAACACCCCUACAAUCAUGAUCCUCCCCCGCGCCAUAAAAAGUAGCCGCCGCAAAGGCUCCGGCUUCAAAUCCGGCGGCUACCACUACUACGGCGGUGGCGGUGGCGGCGGCGGAUCGCGCCUCCCUCUCUGGGUCACCCUGGUCAUCGUAUUUAGCGUGUUAUGGGCAUGCCUCUACCUAGCGCUAUUCUACUAUUUCUUCCGAAAAGAACGCCUCCAAACCGACCCCCUCAAAAAGCGCAGCCGAGGCGUCUCUCUCGGGCGCGCCGCAUGGAAGGCGUUCCGGUACGCAACGCUAAUGGAGCCAAUAAUCUGGGCAGUGCGGAAGCUAAUAACGCGGUUCCGGGCGGGACGGGGAGCGAAGAACGUGGGCGGCACUUUCUACCGGAAGAUCGAGGAAGGGGAGGAGAAGGGGCCAGGGAUGCGGGACGUAAAUAGCAAUAGUAGUAGUGGUAGCGGCGAGCCUGUGGGUGUGGUGCCACCUGCCCAAGUACGCGGGGAACCGCUUCUUUCUCCGGUGGUGAUAUCUAAGGGGUCUGAGGACCGGUGAAGGGGGUGAUUGGAAUUAAGUGAUAUAUUUAUUUGAUAGAUAGGUGGGUGGAUUUGUUUUAGGAACGCUUGAUUAAGGGCUAAUGGGCUAUUUAGAGUGAUUGAGUAAGAGUACAAAGUAGAUAGUUUUUUCUCGCUGAGUAGGUAGACGUUUAACAAAUAAGAUACCCGGUUCGUUUUUAGAGGUAGUAAAGGCAGCGCAGUAGGUAUUCACGACAGGAUUACAUACAGAACUAUACAUUAAUCAUUGGCCCUUCCAACCUGCUAGGCCUCUCCACGACACUCCUUCGUUGAAUCUCGCAACUCGGCUUCAUUUUGGCAAACUUCCAAAGAUCCCCCUCCCCCCAAUUCGGCGCCUAUACAAGUGAGGUAUCUUCCGUAUCAAAACAAAGAAUCAUUCAUUUUGUCUC